GCAUUGAAUAUAAUGGUCUAUUAUGAGUCUAUGUAAGGCGUCUUUUGGUAUAGUACGUAGAAAUGCAGGUCCAGUCAGUUCCUCUCAGCUCUGUCACCAUCGGACCGCGGUCUUGGCGGGGUGGCACGGUUCGCUCCAUCCAGAGAGCGGAGCGCCUGGUGCGGCAGACUCGGGCAGGACGGCCCCGGACCUACAGCGCCUCCGCAGGGCUAACUUCUGGAUACACGACCGGCACCGAGGCAACAACAGGAGAUAAAACAUCAGAAGAAGAAGAAAUUAAAGAGAGUCAAGACUGCAGCUGCAAAAACACAAUGUCAAGAAGACCCCAAACUACAGGAUCGACUGUAAGCACAACACUGGCUUUCUUAUAGGUUAGAUUUGAUCCAGCUGUUUCUGAGGGGAAGGUGAUUGACAAUGAUGAAACAUCUGCAGUUUGCUCUUCUAACUUAAAAUUAGACAAGAAAACAAGACAAGUUAAAAUUUGAGUUAUUUAAAACUAACUUUGAACAGCAGGAUGUGUCUAAAGCCGAUCAUAGCUUUUAAUAUCAACCAUUGUGUUACUAGACUGACACCCAAAAAAACUGUCAAAAAGACUCCACAUUUUUUUUUAGCAUCAUAUUAUUUGCAUUAUUUUACAACAAGCAAAAUUAUCUACGCUAAAUUAUACAAAAGUUGAUCAAAUAAAUAUGUCAAUAUGAAAACUAUUUACAGUAUAGAAAAGUCUGGUUACAUAGGAUGUCUUUAUUGUAUGGAAGAGGAUUACGGUGGCCAAGAACUGCCACUGCUGCAAAAAAAAAAAAAGGAUGCAAAAAAAAAAGAAAAGAAGUCACAACAGAAGUCACUGCUGCAGACGAAAAGAAACCAAAGCCCACUGCAAAUAAAAAAAGAAACAGUGCAGAUAAAAAAGCCACAAUGGAAGUUAAAGAUGAAAAAAAAAAAAAAAAAAAGUGCCGAUAGGUAAAAAAAACUUUUCAGUGUGUCAUUUGGUUAGGCCAUGUUGUGUCUGAGUCAAUAUGAAGUUGAACUGAAGCCAACACUACACCGGCAUUCUCCAGAUUAACUUCACAUUGACUCAGACACAACAUGGCCUGACGAAAUGACACAUUGAAAAUUUUACGAAGUGAAAUUAAACAAUAACCUUUUCACUUACUUCUUUGCUCGUCUUCUCGCCGUUGUCUUCUGUGCCUAAAUCGUAAAACACCGGUGCGUUAUUGGUCCCUGGCAGCACACGUCCAUUGUGGCUUUUUUUUUUACAGUUAGUUACUUUUUUUUUUUGCAUCAUCACUUUAUUUUUGCGUAAUUAAUUUCUGUUGUGUUUUUUUUUUUUUUAUCUGCACUGUUUCUUUUUUAUUUGCAGUGGGCUUCGGUCUUUUUAUUUUUGGAACAGUAACUUCGGUUGUAGUUUUCUUUUCUUUUUUUAUUUGCAGCAGUGGCGUUUCUCGGCCACCGUAGAGUGGGGCCACUAAAAACAAAAAUGUAAGGGAUAGAAAAUUUUUCAAAAUUUUGACUUUGUUCCAAGAAUGCGGACCAAAAAGUUAUGACCAUUUUUACCAAGUUGAAAGUGCGUUGUGAGAUGUGGAGUAGUAGUUUUCAGUAGUUUAGAGAGCUCAGUGUUUGUGGAAAUAUACUCUGUAAAUUUUGACCUCUAAUUUAGAGAUUCUGGUCAAACUUUUUCCCCAAGUUCCCAGGCGGCUCCCAGAGGACAUUUAUGGCCCCAUUUCCUCCAACCAGCUUGCGUGAGCUGUGCGCUGGAGCCAGCCUUGCCGUAGCCGGGGACUACAUGCGAAGGGUGCGGGAGGUGGAGGGUCAGCUGCGCAGGCAGGCCGGCAGGGUGAGGGAGGAGGGCAUUAAGCUGGAGAGGGAGCGGAGUCACCUGGAGAGGAUGCUUCGAAACCUCAGGAUUCAUCUGAACAUCAACAGGAGGAGCUCUGAGGGGAGAACCAGGAGGCCAUCUACUACAGAGACAGUAAGUUUUGCAUGGUAACAUUUAAUGAAGGCGUCAUUACUUACCAUCAGAGGAAACCACUGAACUCUUUUUAACUAUUUGAAGGUUCCUGUAUGGCUUCCAUUUCUAACUUCAACUUUCCUCUUUCUAAUUUACUCAAGCAUUGAUUCCUUAAAAAUCAAUUUAAAAUCCUUUUACAGUUAUACAACAGCUGAAUUCAACACCAGAAGUGGUGUAAGUGAUACAACAGACUACAGACUAAUUCAUUAAGUUUUGUAUUGUGCACUUCAUUCAUCAAGAAGAGGAGAUGCGUUCACUGACAGCGCUGCUCCCUUGCAGGAGAGGGAUGGUGCUGAUUACUUGCUGCUGUGUGAGAGAAGAGAGCUGGCCCAUUUGAAACAGGAUCUGGAGGGAGUGUUGAGAAACACACUGACCCAGCUACAGGUGAUUUACAGUGUCUCUGUUCUGCCUUCAUCGGUUGACUCCUUUUCUUUAAAGCCCCCUCCCCCCCGCUUUGCUCUCCUCCUCCCCCCUCUCUCCUGAUUUACUGGCAUGAGUGAUGGAAGGAAAUCUACACUGCCAGAGCUGUCAUGCACCAAUACUCUCCACCCCACUGUCUUCUCAACACUCUACAACACUCUACAUGUUUUAUAUUUUUGCUUUUACAAUGUAAGUUACUGAUAUGCAGAGUUAAAGGGAAAUUCCGGCGUAAAAUUAAUUUAGGGUCAAACACACCGGAACACCGUGUUAGACACCCCCUCAAGAGAUGAAUGUUGCCGACCGCUUGCUUCUCUAGUUUUACCAACUUUAAUAAAGACUGCUCGAUAGCAAUACACAGCGGUCUGAGGAGCAAUACACAAACCUCUACCAUAACGCCACUCUAUAGCUACAAAUAAUGCUCAGAACAGCUUCAACAGUACAUAUAGGGUUCCAGCCAUAGUACUAGCCACCAAACAUCUUUUAAACUUUGCCUAAUUUCUUUAGCAAAGAGACUAGCACAAGUUUCAGCUCUACUUUGUCAGUUUAAAGUCUGCCCUCUGUCUUUUCCAGGUCCUGGGUCAAAGCAGCAGACAGCUGCUGGACAGUGCCAGUGAGAGGGCUCGAGUCAUGGAGCUGCUGCCCCACAGCGGCUCUGCUGGAAGACGCCGUAGCUCUACGGAGACCUUCGACAAAAUAGACCCCAUCAGCCCUUUUACACCAGGUAUGAGCAGGAUACAAAGGAUAUCUGAACCAAUCCCUGCAGCAGAAAGAAGCUCCCAAAAAAAUUGUAAAAAUUGUAGCUUGUGUUUUCUGACAUCCGCGCAGAAUGUAAACAAGCCCUGGAGCAGUCCACUUCAGCAGUCAACCAAUCACAGCUGCUGAGAGAAAACAUCAGACAGAUGCUCACCAGCGCCAUUAGCAAACAGAAAGCAAUUCACGGCACCGUUAAUGAUGGUCUGGUCAAGAAACUUGCAGAAACAGUUGGUCUGCAGGUACGACACAAUUCUAACAAAAGGUUUAACAUCUUUGCAUGCCAGGCAGAAACACUCCAAACAGAGCUGAUCUAAAGAAUAAACAGAUAAAUAACAUUUCUAUUUCAUUCUGUCCUUCACAGCAAAACUUGACUUUGACAUCUGCAGCCACCAGACAGGCCAUGUUUCGCAAGCAGAGGGAGAUAAACUGUAUCCGUCACAGCCACGGCAGACUCCAGGUGAUGAGGUGCAUGAGAUGAACUGAAUGACUGAGUUUGAGAUUCAGUGAACAACAAGCUGUUUUUCUCCUGUUUGCAGGGCCCAGAGUACAGCGGUGACAUCCUGUCCAGAGAGAAACUGGACCGGCCUCUGGUGCAGGUUUAUCAGAGACACCCAGGAACACAGUUACCUGAAGCCGCUCAUCUCAUACAGGUGUUAACUGCUUUAACAUGUUUACAGAGAAAUACACUAGUGAUGGUCCUCGUUUGCUCAUGUUUUGUAAAGCAGUCUUCAGUUGUAAUCAGUUGGCCCCAAAAGUUUUGACUCUGAGCUUCAAAACAAAAAGGUGUUAUUGGUUUACCUCCUCCAUCUAUCUUAAACAAACCGAGCAGGUAGGUAAAUGUGUUUCCUGUCUCUCAGGGCAGUGCAGUGCUGAGGCGAUGUCUGACAUCCUCUGAGGGGGAGCUGGCCAGGCUGCAGCGAACCUGUCUGCAGCUGCUGGACGACCAGCACGGCAAGAGAGCAGCAGCUCAGGUGGACGCUUCUGUCAUCCGCAUGAGGCGGGAGCAGGUGGACAAAAGGGCCAUGCCGUCUUUUCUCCAGCAGGGGGCGUGCUGAAGCCAGAUAACCUCCCUUUGUGUUAACCAGGGAUGUGGCAAACAUGCACAUAAAUAGAGGAGAUAGUUUUGAGUGUGGUGUUAGAGAUGUAGAGCAG